CAAUCGUUGUGUGGUUUGGCAUAUUGUGGAAAUUUCUAAACAAACAGCACUGCAAGAUGAAAUUUCUGAUCGUGUUCGCUCUGUUCGCCGUAGCCGCCGUCUGCGCCGAUACCAAAAUUCUCAGAAUGGAAAGCGUUCAGGAUGGCGAGGGAACGUACAAAUUCGCCUAUGAAACCGACGAUGGAACAUCUCGUGUGGAACAGGGUGAUCAAAAGAAUGAACAACUGACCGUCCAGGGUAACUUCCAAUAUGUUGGUGAUGAUGGCCAGCAGUACAAGGUGAAAUACGUUGCCGAUGGAGAAACUGGCUUCCGCGCUGAGGGUGACCACAUUCCGAAUGAAUACGUCCAGAAGCUCUCUACUCUUUAAGUUAAGCAAUGUUUUAAUGGAAAUAAAACUAUA